AGUAACCAAGAGCACGACAGGUGAGAGCGCUCUUUUUGUUGUUCUGAGUUCAUAUCUCUGUUGCUGUUUUUUUACUGAUUUUCUGCUAGCAAGCGAGCCUGUGUAGGUUCUAGUCCACACUAGAACUAGGCUGGUGAUACCUUUUGUCGCAUAACGAACGUCGGUGAAGUGACCCUCCUUCUGGGGACAUGACGCGACUACGCCCACCAACAUUAACGAUUCAGCCAAAAUCGCAUUCGUUCGAAUCCGAGUCAAUUGCAUUUCUCGAUACGUCUUCCGAGUCAAUCUCAGAAUCUCCGCUCGCAUCGGAUGAUGAGCUCUUGCAGUUAUCCUCUCCUUCUUCUUCAUCCUCCUCGAGCCCCAUAGCCUUGAACAUUCCCGAUGCAGAAGAGUUGUCCCGAGACUUGGCAGCACUUGCUCAGCUACGCCAAUCCGUGCAGAAAAAUCUUCGUCUCCGACCAAUUCGUUCCUUCAGCAGAUUACCAAAGACUGCUAUUCCAAAUGUCACCGCAAUUCCAUGGCGUCAAGAUCAAUACCACCGCCAGCGGUUUGAUUCAGAUUCUUCCUCUCCUAAAAGCGCAAGCAGCACGUACCUUACCCCCGUUGACGUUAACUUCCCUCCUCCUCCUGCCUCGUCUCCCCCCGAACCUCCAAGCCAUGCCCGAAAACCUCCGCAGCGCUCUGCGUCUAUGCCCUCUCCCCGCGUUCCCACUUCUGCUAUGGACCCCACUGAGUUACUGAUCCGUCUCGCCUCUCCCACUCGUCCACUCCUCAUCGACACCCGCCCUCAUGCUGCCUAUGCCGCGACUCACCUUUUAGGGAGUAUUAAUAUCGCCAUGCCGUCCCUCAUUCUUAAGCGCUCAAAACGUACACUACCUACUUUCGCAUCACUUCGCCAGUUCAUCACCAGUGACGAGGGAAAGGACGUUUUUGAUACCUGGGACGUUGAUGGGGAUGUUGUCAUCGUUCAUGGGGAAGAGACUGACGAACGGGAGAGAGAUAACACAGGUGUCAUUGCAUGGGCCCUGCUUUCAGUUCUUGCGGGGUUUUUGGGCCCGGACAAGGUGUGGUAUCUUCGCGGAGGAAUUGUAGGUGCUCAACUUCAUGCACGACUCCGAAAGAACAUCAUCCAUGCACCCCAUCCUCCUCCUUCUCCUUCCCAAGCCUCUUUGCGACUGCCAAAACCACCCAAGAGUGCAAAAGGAAGGGCAUUCCUCCAACUUGACACCCACAGCGCUGCCGGGCUUAGUACCAGCGUACAAAUCGAGCAGGAAGAUCAAGGUCAUGGAGACGAAGCGGAACGACCAGGACACUCCCCAUUACCAAUCAUGCCUGGGCUCUCGCUCACCCUUGACAACCCUACGGAUUCUCCGCCCUCCACACUCGCUUUUCGCCGCCCACCUCCCCCACGGAGAUCAAGUAAUCUCAUUCUUGAUAGUGUCAGGGCAAAUGGAACCAGUGAUGCAGCAAAUAGUAGCGUAGAGUGCGGACAGACUCUGGCGAAGCCCCUCAAACAUGCUGUGACAACUCUCCCGCGGCUUCAGAUUCACACGGCUCCAACGCGCAGCUUAACGCUCCCUAUUACACCCUCGCAACAGGCCGUGUUCCUCCACCCGCCGCCCGCAUCCCCGUCGCAUCUCACACUUCUCCAUUCCAAUCACACACCUCCAACGAGCGCAUUUAACUCGAGCUUUAAUUUCAAUCUCUCCAAUGGUAGUUACACUGGGAAUGCGAGCCCAUCUCCACCAAUGCCCAUCUCAAUGCCCAUGACACCAUCCACCGCACGGCCGACGCCAACAACAUCCACACCUGGCGCCUCCGACAUCGAAAAUGAGCGAGAAGAUUUCAUCAUCUCUACGAUCCUUCCUAACUUCCUCUUCCUCGGCCCUGAACUCAUUUUGCCUUCACAUGUUUCAGAAUUACAAUCUCUGGGCGUGAAACGAAUCAUUAACAUCGCGGCUGAAUGUACAGACGAUCGCGGGCUAAUGCUUCGGGAACGGUUUGAGCGGUAUGUGCAUAUUCCGAUGAGGGAUUGUGUCGAGGAGGAAGGAGUACGUAAGGGGCUAAGUGAGGCCUGCGAUGUGCUUGACGAAGCCGCCCUCUACAACGCACCUACAUAUGUGCACUGUAAAGCCGGAAAAUCCCGUAGCGUCACCGCAGUGAUGGCGUACCUUAUCCACAGCCAUCACUGGCCGCUGGCACGCGCAUACCAGUUCGUCCUAGAGCGUCGCAAGGGUAUAAGCCCGAACAUCGGGUUUGUAAGCGAACUCAUGGCAUUUGAGGAGGCAGAGCUCGGGCGCAUGACAAAGCCCAAGCCAUCUGCUACAGUGAGUGAAAGUAGUGUUGGCGACGUCGGUGUUGGCACGGGUAGGCGACCAGCGCAUGUGAGGGAGAGUUUGCCCCCGAUGCCUUCAUGGGACCGUGAGGAGGAAGAAGCCGGGGAGGAAAUGGGCCAGGACAUGGAGAUAAGGGACCGGGAGGGGCGGUAUCGUCAUGUCAGGCGGGCUCCGGUGGAUGAGAACACUUUGCAGCCGAUGAGGCGAGUGAGCAAGGCAGGUCUAGAGAGUGCUGGAUCGACAAAUGGGGAUGAUGGGGAUGGGACAUGAUGGGACAUAGGAACUAGGUCAUACCCUGCUGUCUUGUGCAUUGCCGAUGGGUUAUUUUUUGAUUUCCAUACUACUUAAUGAAUUACAAUACAUAAAUCCACCAAUUGCGAUGAGUUGACUCCAUUAUGCUAACUUCAAUCUGCAAGGC